AAAGACGAGGCCGUCGUCAUCGUGCCGUAGCAAUGGAGGCCGCGGCAGGGAGGACGAGGACGACGGUGUGCGUGACCGGCGCGGGAGGCUUCGUGGCCUCGUGGCUCGUCGAGCGCCUCCUCUCCGGCGGCCGCUACACGGUGCACGGCACCGUCCGCGAUCCCGGCGACGCCAAGAACGCGCACCUGGCGGCGAUGGCCGGCGCGGCGGAGCGCCUGCGGCUGUUCGAGGCCGACCUGCUGGACUACCGCAGCGUGGCGGCGGCCGUCGCCGGCUGCGACGGCGUUUUCCACGUGGCCUGCCCCGUCCAUGCAUACGCCAUCACCGACCCCGAGGUUGAGCUGCUUGCCCCCGCCGUGACGGGCACGAGGAACGUCCUCAAGGCGUGCUCCGAGGCCAAGGUCAAGAGGGUCGUCGUGGUGUCGUCUCUCUCCGCUGUGAUGGUGAAUCUUGGCUGGCCUCUGGUCGAGGCCAUGGACGAAAGUUGCUGGUCCGAUGUCGAGUUAUGCAGAGCCACAGAGAACUGGUACUGCUUUUCCAAAACACUUGCGGAGCUCGAGGCAUUUGACUAUGCAAAGAGAACCGGACUCGAUGUGGUGUCAGUCUGUCCAUCCCUGGUCAUCGGACCCUUGCUACAAUCCACACUGAACGCAAGCAGCUCGGUCAUAGUUGAUUUCCUGAAAGGUGACUGUGAGGUGAAAAUGAAGCUCAGAAACUUUGUCGACGUUCGAGAUGUUGCCGAUGCUCUCCUUCUGGUUUAUGAGACUCCGGAGGCGUCUGGACGGUACAUCUGCAAUUCACAUCGAAGACAGGUGUCUGGUGUCAUAGAGCUGCUCAAGAGCUGGUAUCCGGCUUACAAAUACGCCACAAAGUUUGUCCAGGUGAGCGACGAGCCUGUAUUCAGCUCCAAGAAGUUGGAGACGCUGGGGUGGGAAGUCAGGCCGUUUGAGGAGACCCUCAGGGACAGCGUUGGAUCCUACCUGGCUGCAGGUGCCCUGGACUAAGCAAACAACGUCUGUUGGUGUAAUAUUUGAGAACUGAGAUUUUAGAAAAUGAAUAAG